ACCACAGAUACGAGUAUCUACUAACUUUUAUGUACACAUUGGGGGUGUGCCAUGGGCUCACUAGAAGAAAUCAUUGAGAAGAUUGAAUGGUAUCACCCUGGUGUCAACAGACAUGUGGCAGAGAGUAUUCUGAUGACCAAUGGAACAGACGGGACAUACCUGAUGAGACCAAGCUCCAAGGAGAGAGAGUUCGCUCUCUCUGUCAGGACAAAAGAUGCUGUAAAGCACUACCCAGUGUACUGUGAGAGUGAUGGUAUAAAGUUUGGAAUGGCUACAUUCAACACUUCAGAAGAAUUUGUGAAGCAUUUUGAAAACCAGCCAUUAAUAGGAGGGGAGUCAGGAGUACUGACUGUGUUAAAAUAUCCAUAUCCCAGAGAUGUGGAGGAACACGACACGUACGACCAGGUUCAUGUCCAUGCUGAGUUUGGAAUGCAUGGACGACAAAGUACAAAUUCAGUGCCAAAUUUUGAGGUGGGGACCAAGGAAGGCUACCUUACCAAACAAGGGGAUAUAUUCAAGUCAUGGAAGACAAGAUGGUUUGUUCUGAGGAAGACAGAUUUGAAAUAUUUUAAAGAUAGCACAGACAAACAGCCAAUUAGAAGCUUGGACUUGAUGGAAUGCAAAGAAUGUGAAAAGGAUGACACAAAAGGAAAAUCAAACUGCUUUAGAUUGGUGUUUCCAUGGCGCACAUUUUAUAUUUAUGCUGCCUCUGAUCAGGAAGCUUCAGAGUGGAUGAACAUAAUUAAGUGGAAAUUGGAUAAAGCCAAAAGAAGAUCCAAUAUGCACACAACGUGAGUUGUAUCCAAACAGAGGCUGCAAAGUGUACAGACAUUUUAAAUGAUUACUGAACCUGAUUUCAACCUUGCUUUGGUGCUUUCAACAAGGAUUGGAAAAAAAGGGUCAUGUCUUAAAUAAAAUGAGUGUCAGAAUUACUUCUGUGGCAAAUUAAGCCUUUCAUAAAUGCAAUUUUCAAAGUCGACCUUUUGUAAUGCAAUAAUGAGUUUUUGUUAAACACAUGCCUUUAUAAGAUUGUAGUCUGUGCUAAUAACCAGUAUUUACUAAUAUUUUAGUGACUUUUUGCAGUAAUUUCUGCAGUUGACAUCACCAACACUAUCUUGUGUUGGGAUAUCCAGAUACUGCAAUAUGGUUUAAAGUCAUUCAUGGGAAAUGGCAAUCAAAAAUGUAGCACAAAGAUGAUAUUUAAAUAUUAUAUGCUGCAUUAUUAGUUUUUAGUCAGUCAUGGGAAAUGACAGUUGGAAAUGUGGACCAGAGAUUACAUUAUUACAGGACAGAUGUGUAUGAUACAUUGUGGUUUAAGCCACUCAUGAAAAAUGGCAAAUGAAAAUCCAUAACAAAGAAGACAGUUUUAUACAAUGGCAGGUGAAUGAUUGUAAUGCUUUUUUUUUUUUAAUUUGAUGAAUACUGAAGAUGAAAAUAUACACUGGAGUGCACUUUAAGGAAAUAAAUUAGUGUAAUUCUAUAUAGACUAAGACGUCAUUGAACACUUGGCCUUAAACAGGAAGUGUGAACCAGUUGCUUGCACACAGCUGUUAUAUAAUGAUGUAGUGCAGCAGUGACAUGUGGCACAAAUAU